GGAAAUUCGCAUUCAUUGGGCGUGCGCGAUAAUGUUUCUGCGUGAGAAGAAAACUGGAAUGCGCAUCAAUGAAUGAAGGAGAGAAAAAGAGAGAGAGAAAGAGAGAAAGAGAGAAAGAAAGAGAAAGAUUAUAACUUCGGUGCAACGAACAAAAUCAACUAAUACAUUUGUUCGUUUUCUCAAGAUAAACAAUAAGGAAUCACAAGAACUACACGUGAACUUCAAUUAUUUCCACAUAAACCUCAACGAUCUCUUAUUUGAAAAGUAGAAAGUAUCUUGAUAUACAUGGGGAAAAAGACAUAUCACAUUAAAAAUGGAAUUACUAAUCAAGGUUUCACUUUGGAUGAUAUCACAGAAUAUAAUGGCAAUCGAAAUGAUUCUAAUUCGAUUUCUAAAGAGACCACGGAAAGAACACAAUGGGGAAACGAUAAAGAAUUUUUGAUGUCCUGUAUAGCCAUGUCGGUUGGAUUAGGAAAUAUUUGGAGAUUUCCGUUCACCGCUUACAAAAAUGGUGGCGGUGCGUUUCUUAUACCUUAUAUAAUAAUUCUCAUUGUUGUUGGAAAGCCAUUUUAUUUAUUGGAAAUGACUUUGGGUCAAUUUUCAAGUCGAUCUGCUAUCAAAAUUUGGGAGAUAGCGCCUGCCUUAAAAGGUAUUGGUAUUGCCCAAUUUCUUACAUUGUUGGCAUUAACAUCAUACUAUUGUUCCUUGAUGGCAUUGACCCUGUUCUAUCUGAUCGCCAGUUUUCAAUCAGAAUUACCUUGGGGUAAAUGUAAAAAGGAAUGGGGCGAAUAUUGUGUGAAUUCAUCGAAAGGAAACGAUACUGAGGUUACAUCCAAUGGUAUGAGCCUAUCCAACGUCACUUAUCUCAGUUCGGCCGAAUUAUAUUUUUACAAGGAGGUAUUACGUGAAAAGGAGAAUAUUGAUGAUGGAAUUGGAUUACCCGAUUGGCGUUUAACAAUUUGUCUGUUCAUCAGUUGGCUUUGUAUAUUCGUUAUCGUCGUUCGUGGAGUUAAAAGUUCUGGCAAGGCUGCUUAUUUCACAGCUAUAUUCCCUUAUGUUGUUAUGCUCAUACUGUUCAUCAGAGCUGUUACAUUGAAUGGCUCGGCCAAUGGUAUACUUUACUUUAUUACUCCCGAUUGGAAUAAAUUAUGGACGUCCAGUAUAUGGUACAAUGCAGUGGCACAAUGUUUCUUUUCAUUGACCGUCUGUUUUGGCGCUGUUGUCAUGUUUGCAUCUCACAAUAAGAUUGAUCAUAACAUUUAUAGAGAUGCAAUGAUAGUGACAACACUAGAUACCUUUACCAGUUUUUUAGCAGGCUGUACGAUAUUUGGUAUUCUUGGUAAUUUAAGCUAUGAAUUAGAAGCUAAAAAUAUUGGUACAGUAGUACGCGGUGGAACAGGAUUGGCAUUCAUUUCUUAUCCAGAAACAAUCGUCAAGUUCGAUUUUCUACCACAAUUCUUCGCUGUUGUCUUCUUCGUAAUGAUUUUUGUUCUUGGAAUUGGCAGCCAAGUUGGACUUACCUCAAGCAUAAUAUCGAUCAUCAAUGAUCAAUUUCCAAGAUGGAAACAGUGGCAUAUUGCGAUUGGAACAUGCUUCCUAGAGUUUCUUAUUGGAUUACUUUACGUUACUCCGGGUGGACAAUACAUGGUAACCUUCAUAGAUUAUUAUGCCACAUCGUUUCUUGCAUUCAUACCAGCCAUUUUUGAAAUGAUCGCUGUAUCUUGGUGUUACGGAAUAAAUAAUUUCCUCGACGACAUUGAAUUUAUGCUAAAUCGAAGAUUGUCGAUUUUUUGGAAAGUCUGUUGGAGUUUUUUAACUCCUGCGAUAAUUACAGUGAUUUUUAUUUAUAAUAUGAUUAAUUUGGAAUUAUUAACUUACAACAAUUUUAAUUAUCCUGACAUAGCUUAUGUUGUUGGCUGGAUUCUUUUUUCUAUUGCUGUUUUGCAAAUACCUUUAUGGAUAUUAAUCGCCAUAUUUAAAAAGAGACAUUUACCUUUUCUUGAGAUGAUUUCCCAACCAUUUAGACCUUCAAAAUAUUGGUGUCCAAUGAAUGAAGAGACGAGAAGAAGAUGGUUAGAAUUUAAAGAACAUCGGCGAAAAUUGAAAGAAGAGGAAAGCGACAAUGAGAACGAAACCAUCUUUUAUAAAUUAUUCAAAUCUAUUACAUGUCGGUAGUAUUGAAAUGAAAUGAAAAUU